AAGGCAUUCACAAUGAUGAUGAUGAUGAGCAACAGCAACAGCAGCAGCUAAUAACGCUCUACAAUGGCCAGGACGACGCCUAGGAAGAAAUCAGAAUCGACGAGUGGACAUGGCAACAUCUUGAGCUUCUUCAAGAAAGACACCACGAGCGAUCCAUCCUCACAGCGGCGAAAGCUCCCAGAUGUCAAACCGGAGAUCGAGGACGUGGGAUCAUCUGGGCGAAGACCGCGAGAAGAAAGUCGAGUGAUGGAUCGGAAAGGGAAAUCAAAGGCCACAGAGUCUACUCCAGGAUCCGCUAUCGACCCCGUGGUCAUCAGUGAUGAUGAUGAUGAGCCGUCUUUGAGCAAGCGACAGAGGGUAGAAGACGAGCCUCGGAACGAAGAUGCCGCUGGGCCAUCUCGUCCGCCAGCAAGGCGGUCAUGUACGUCUCCGUCUCAGAUUGUGGGGUCUGCCUCUCCACCAAAGGCGUCUUCUGUCGAGUUGGACCAUAUCGGCUCGUCGCGCGCUACUCCAAUCGUCAAACCUCCAGAACCGACCCUUAUUGCCCCACCUGAUCCAUUCCCGAACAUACCAGGGUUCAAGCCGCCGUCAAUAUGGCCAGAUAUUGUCAACACCGGUGUCCAGCCCGAUGAAGAUGCCAGAACUGAGAAUCAUGACGAUGCCGACGGAUCACAAAGAGGGAUGAACGAUGAUAUCGAGGAGGAAGAUUUCGUGGAAGAGCUGCCAGGUUUUGAAGACAGUGCCAAUAUCAGAGUCAACCAUCUGCAGGAACCUCCUCCCCCCAACACUGCUCCAUUGGAUAAUUUCUCUGAUUUUGGUAUGGAUUGGCAUGAACCUGAAGACGAAGGCAUGGGCAUGGACGAAGAUGAAGAUGGGGAUGAUGGAUUUUCCGAAAUUGUGGAGACGCCGCCUAUGCGGUCUAGGCAUUUGCCCAAGGGCAAAGUGACAUCUUGUCCAAUUUGCAGCACCUCCUUGAAAGGCAAAUCUCAAGCGGUCAUCGAAACCCAUAUCAACACCUGCCUUGAUUCCACCUCGAAAGGUCCUCGUAUCCGACCCAUCACAUCAAUCAAUCACAUGUUUUCGCCAGCGCCUUCGUCACCGUCGCCACCGCCUGAAGAGGUGGCCAGGGGUCCUAAUGCAUUUUCCGUGUUAAUGAGCGGGCAUAAGGAGAAGGAAGAGUGGAAAGAUGCCGAGGUCGACCUGAAAAGAGAUGGCAAAAGGUUUUUCGGCAGGCGAAAAGCGCCAUUCUAUAAAGUUCUGACUGGGAUGCCAGUCGCUGUCGAUGCCUUUCGCUAUGGGGCAGUUCCAAAAGUCACUGCAUACCUUCUCACACACGCUCACUCUGACCAUUACACAAACUUGUCGAAAAGCUGGAAGGAAGGUCCAAUCUAUUGCUCAGAGACCACUGCGAACCUCAUCAUUCAUAUGCUCGGCGUUGAGCCGCAAUGGGUCCAUGGCCUGCCGAACGACAUCCCCUUUGUGAUGCCAAACACCGGUGGCGUCACAGUGACCCCCAUCGAGGCGAAUCAUUGUCCCGGUUCGUCCAUCUUCCUGUUUGAAGGACCACAAACCGUUAACGCGGGUGAUUCAACGAUCAAGUCCCCGUACGUGGGCAGCAAGCGAAUCUUUCGCUAUCUUCACUGUGGCGACUUUCGUGCCUGUCCGAAAAUGGUUCUGCACCCUGCCAUCGCUCGAGCGCGCAUCGACACAUGCUACCUCGAUACGACUUAUCUCAAUCCAAGAUACUGUUUCCCUCCCCAGCCUCAAGUCAUCGAGGCUUGCGCCAUGCUAGCUCGCAAAGAAGUCCUAGGACUGUCUGCCAAAGCUCUGCCUGUGGAUCAGAUCAAACCUGGAAUCAGGGAUGAAAAUAUGGUCAAAUUCGAUAUCAAACCGGAUAUCAAUGCGAUACAGGCGGAGAAUGACGAAAAGUCCAAAGCUAUGAUGGCGGGCUGGCUGGUGAAGCGAGAAAGUGAAGAUGAUGUGAAGCAAGAGUACGAAGUAAAGGAGGAGCUGGAUGUCAAGCCGACUCUGGAUGAUGUGGAAAUGGAUCAGGAUGAGGAGCGAGGGAUCAAAGAUGAGCAAGACGUCAAGCCGAAAGAGGAGCAACUGGUGUCUGUCAAAAGGGAAAAGCCACCGGCGAGGACAUUGGUGAUCAUGGGCACGUAUUCUAUUGGAAAGGAGCGCAUAGUGAAAGCUGUCGCCCGAGCAUUGGGAACGACAAUCUACUGCGAUCCCCGAAAAAAAGGUCUUCUUCUCUGUCAGACGGAUCCGGACUUGCACGCCAUGCUUUCCUCUGAUCCGAUCGAGAGUCAAGUUCACCUUGUACCCCUCUCAAAUAUUCAGCUCGAUCGCCUACAACCGUACCUUGCCCGGCUCUAUCCCCACUUUGACCGUGUCCUCGGCUUUAGACCGACCGGAUGGGCGUACACGCCUCCAGCGGGAACAGACAUGUUACCGGAUGUCAAUCAAGUCAUUCGACGUGAUCAAUCGAGGAGCUUCUCCGAAGCGAGUCUAAAACCUCAACGUGGAAGCUGCAAGCAAUUUAUGAUGUAUGGCGUGCCAUACUCUGAGCAUUCGAGUUUCUUCGAACUCACGUGCUUUGCGCUGUCUAUGCCGGGUCCAAAUUUGAAGAUGAUCGCGACUGUCAACGUUCAUAAUGAGAAGAGCCGGGCUAAGAUGAAGAAGUGGUUUGAAAAGUGGGCUGUCGAGAAGGCUAGGAGGAAAGAGAAGAACUUGCCCCCGAUCGUGGAUUACCGUGAUGAGAACUAUUGGUGAUUGUCCCUCAUGCUUCGUCCGUAUCACUCCGUUGUAUCGCUUGUAUUAUAACAUAGGUGUAUGACAUGGUCAUGGGUUGAA